AUGGUAUAAUCAAUAGUACAGUGGGUCGACAUUUUGUGCGCUAUGGAGGUAUUAAUUUUUUGUUUGUGGUGUAAAUUUUGAGCAUUAACAAUUAAUUUAUUUAGUAAAUUAAUUUAAAAUGACGUCCAAUGGUGCAGGAGGGACAGUUUUAUCUUCAGAGACCACAGUGAAUUAUGUUGCUUUGCUGAAUGUUGAUUAUAUUGAAACACCUAAUGGCAUUGAAGCAAGGCCUGUAAAACGCGAAAGAGAUCGCGAAAAAGAUCGCGAACGAAGUUCAGAAGAGAAGCAGCUGCGACGGCUGAAGAAGCGGCGGUCGCGCUGGGGUGGGGACGACAAUGAGAAGACCUUCAUCCCGGGCAUGCCCACGGUGCUGCCCACCAACCUCAGCAAGGAGCAGGAGCAGGCGUACCUGGUUCAGCUGCAGAUUGAAGAGAUCUCUAGGAAGCUGCGUACGGGCGAGUUAGGGAUAUCACCUAACCCUGAGGAAAGGUCGCCGUCCCCGGAGCCCAUCUACAGCAGCGACGGCAAGCGGCUGAACACGCGCGAGUACCGCACGCGCAGGAAGCUGGAGGAGGAGCGACACCACCUCAUCCAGGAGAUGACGCAGCUCAACCCCGAGUUCAAGCCGCCCGCCGACUACAAGCCGCCGAUAGUGCGUGUGAGCGACAAGGUGAUGAUCCCCCAGGAUGACCACCCCGACAUCAACUUUGUCGGCCUGCUGAUCGGGCCGAGAGGAAACACGCUCAAGUCCAUGGAGCGGGAGACGGGGGCCAAGAUCAUCAUCCGGGGCAAGGGCUCCGUGAAGGAGGGCAAGGUGGGGCGCAAGGACGGACAGCCGCUGCCCGGCGAGGAUGAGCCCUUGCACGCCUACGUCACCGCCAACAACCCGGAGGCCGUGAAGAAGGCCGUGGACAGAAUCAAGGAGAUCAUCCGCCAGGGCGUGGAGGUGCCGGAAGGGCAGAACGACCUGAGACGCAUGCAGCUGCGGGAGUUGGCGCUCCUGAACGGGACGCUGCGCGAGAACGAGGGUCCUCGCUGCACCAACUGCGGUGCCUCUGAUCACAAGUCCUGGAUGUGCCCGGACAAGCCGAACGUGACCAACAACAUCAUCUGCGCGAGCUGCGGCGGUGUGGGGCACAUCGCCCGGGACUGCCGGCAGAAGAAGCUCGGGGCCUCGCUGGGCGGGGCCGGCGCCGGGGAGAAGACCAAGAUAGACGAGGAGUACUUGUCGCUGAUGGCGGAGCUGGGGGAGGGCACCCCGCCCGCACGCGACGCCAACAAGGACAAGCAGAGGUUCAUGCCACGCAACCGGCUGACCCCCAUGCGCCACUUCGACCGGCCGGCGCCCAUGAGAGCCAUCAUGCCCCCCGCCCGUCGCCCCCCAGCUGGUGCCCAACACGCUGCCCCCCACCCCCCUGGGCCCCGCCCACCACCAAGCCCCCCCGGCAUGGACAUGCCGCCCCCCCGCCCCAGAUGCUGCCGCCCCUCAACCAGCCCCCUCCGCCCUGGCAGCAGCCGCCCCCCGCCCCCCGCCAUGAUGCAAAUGCCUCCUCCGCCCCCUCGCAUGAUGUCGUGGAUCCCGGCCCAGCCGCCCCCGCCGGGCUCCCAGCCCCUGCCGCCCCCCGUGUUGCCGCCCCCCGUGUCCCAGCCCAUGGGCCCCCCCGCCGCCCCAGCCCCCAGCCAUGCCCCCGCCCUGGCAGCAGCCGCCCCCCGCCGGUGCCGCCCCCACCCGCCCCCAUGUUCCCCUGGCACCAGAGCUACCCCCCGCCCCUGCAGCCGCCGCCCGGCUCGGAGCUGUCGGGGCUGCCCAGCCUGCUGGCCGCCCCUCCCCCGCCCCCGCCCAGCUAGGCGCUCGUGACACGUUUCAGUACCCACUGAUUUGACUUGAUGUCAGCUUUUGGACAUCCGCCAUUGCUAAGCAAUGUGUGCUUAGCAGUGGCGUAUGUCCAAAAGCUUACAUCAAGUCAUGCACUCCCAUUGCACAAAUCUUUCAAAGAUAAUACCCACUGAUUUAUUAUUAAUGUUAACUUUCAAAUUCUAAUUGAUUCUUAUUACAUUUUUUUUUAAAUUUAGGUUGUAAUUUUAUGAUAUUCUUGGCAAUUUUGGAAACAUAUCUAGCAAAAAAGUGUCCAUAUUAUUUGUGGUUGUCCAUGGUCAUAGACAUUUUUAAAUAUUUUUCCAGCUACCUGUAUGCGGAAAAAAAAAAAUUAAUACCGUGAUUUAUUGCAUAACUGUCACACAUUUGAUUUUCAAUUAAAGUUUGAAAAAUAGGAGUGCAACUUUUGUGCAAGAAAAGCAUUUUUUGUGAGGUAUCUUUUCAAUAAGCAUGGAUAAUACUGUUACUGAUCAUAUACUUACCGCUGUGUUCGCUUCUGUCUCAAAUUAGAAGAAGCAUCUGCUGUUUCCUCGUCACGUUGCCCACCCGCCCCUCCACACACUCGCUCACAGAGCCAUUUUUCUUAGAACUAACCAUAAACUCUCUAUUAAGAUGGUGGGGAAAAAAUGUUUUUUGGACCUCUCUUGCGAUGAAAUAAAAUAAGCCUUCCUGCAUAAUUAGCUUUUCUCCACGUUACAGGAUCUUCCCAAUUAGUCACUAACCCACAUUCUGCUCCCGUUUCCUCUUUCAUGUUCCCGUGGGUUUCUGUCCAGCAUCCACCCUCUGUUCAUGGCCGUUCCAUUUCUCUGGCAGACUUCCUCCCACUUCUCACAUGCACUGUCCGUGUUUCCACAGCGUACCUUGCUAAUGGAGGGUCUCGUUCCAUGAUCCGGUGCCGUCCGGACGCUCUUGCGUGGAUUACCGCACUGCCGGCGUUUGUAGUUCCCCCAGACCGUGGUUACUGUCGGGCCUCGUUUCAGUGCAGUCACAGUUCACAUCGCCGUUGGUUGACAUGCGGCAUGGGAGCGGUCCCGAACUUCCUGCAUCAGUUGUCGUGCGUAGGAGGCAGCCCUGGCGAGAUGUCGGUUCAAAGACAAGUUGCAAGUACCUGCCCCCGUACACCUCGAUAUUCUGGUCUGUUAACUGGACAAUGAUUGGUACAAUUGUUUAGUUUAGAACUCGACUAUGUAUGAUAGGAUAGUAGUAGUUUUAUGCUGUGUACACACGUGUAACAUGCUGCUUCAUUUUUUGUAUGUGGUGUAUAGAUUGUAAUUCAAAACAACUAAUUUUCUUAAAAUGAGUUAAGUUAAAAUAAAUUAGUUUAUACAAUUUUAAUUAGUUAUAAAAAUUGUUUGUAUUCUAUAUGUCAUUGUAAAUAGUAAUUCUAUUUAUGUAUAUAAAUGGUUCAUGAAAUGUAGUAUUUUGAUGUUAUGGAUAUAAAAAAAAUCAUUCUGAGAAUACAAGUAUUGAAUUUGAAUGAAUUUCAGUUGUAACACUAAAUAGAAACUGAUUUUUGUUCGACAAGUUUGAGAGGUGAUCAAUGUUUUGGUGCCUGGAAUGUCAAUGGAAUAAAAUCCUUACUGCUUGAAGUUCAGUAACAACAGUAACAAAAAAAAACUAAUUAUGCUACAAUUUUUUUUUUAAGAUCAUUUUUCAGUUGGAAAACUUUGCAAGAUAUUGAUAAAACCUGUAAUCUGACACCGCCAGUAGAGCAGCCACCCUGGCAAGCGUGGAGGUAGCAAGAGUCCGUGACGUGUUGGUACCGACACUUGACGGUGGAGACACAGUUUUUGCUUGGGGCUAUACAAUGUACUAAUAAUUUCUGUUAACUUAAACACAGUUGGGAGUAAACAGUAGUUAGUUUGUCUGUUACAGUUUCGAUGUAUGUACAUUACAUAAUAAUAUAAUUAUGGAUACAAACUGCCAAAGUUAUCUUCUUCAGGUUGGGUUUAUGUACUGAUGCGUAGGCUUUUAAAAUAAAUAUGAAUUAAUGUGUAACGUUUAGGAAGUUUCACGUGACUAGUUCUUUGAACAAGAACUUUUUUAUGAUUAAUAAACAUUUUAAAAUGUCCAACCUGAAAUUUGUAAAGGUGUUUUUUUCCACGUGUUACUGACUACCAACUGCUGGAAGCACUGGAGUUUGGUUUUCAUUGCUCAGGUUCAGUGGUGAUUUUUAAUAUUGAUUUGGGAAUAUUUGUAGGCCCCCCGCACAUUUGUGUAACAUACCUAAUAUGUGAACUUCUGAUUUUUUGUAAAAUGAGUAGUAUCAAAUACAUUAGAGACUAAUACCGGACAGCUGUAAGAUUUUUGGUGUGAAAACCUGGCGUUGCAUUAUUUUUGGUUCAAAUUUUACCAUGUUCUGAUAUUGUGUCCCUGUGUUGAUUCAACAUUGUUAUGCCCAUGAGCGUCCAGUAUGAUCAGACUUUCUUUUUUCUGAUCGCCACUGUUGUUUCCGGCAUGUAAGAUGUGGCAUUCACGUGAGCUGAGUCUUGCUCGCACACUGUAGAGAAUCUAGUUCUCGACCGACGUAAAUGGGAGGAUGGGCGAGAGGACAAAGUUGCGUGUGUUUCUGAACUCAACCUUCCCCCCCCCCCUCCCUUCUCUUCCCCUGUCUGCACCAAAGGGGGGAGGGGGUUGGAUCAGUUUCAACUACCUUGCUUUUAUAUUCUGUCUAGAGGAAAGCAUGACGCAUACAGGACACCAACAUUGCUGGCAGCAGUUGUGAGUGUGGAGCUUAAUUAAGUUGUUAUUAAAUUAUCGCUUCUGUAUCCUCUAGACACUGUGCAACAACGACAUAAGUACCAUCAUAAAAUUUAAGUAGCAAUUCCAGUUUUUCAAAGUUGUGUAAAAUUCUCGUGUGAUAGCUGAAAGUCAUGUAAUCAUAUUUUGUUACGAACUGCUUAGCAUUAGGAUUCCUACGAGUAUGUGAAUGAAAGUUGGGAUUCAGUGAGGUAUUGCUCUAAUUGAAGUUUCACCACAGCAGGCAGGUGUUCUCAGUGUAAUAGUGGAAGCUUGUAUUGAACUGUUUCCAUCAGAGAGAGUGUACCGGCAAGAGACACUUGAGCUGAAGUUUGGACCUUGUACAGCGAAACCCCUUAUUUACGUUACCGUUAUUUACGUUUUCCCGUUAUUUGCACUAUAUUCUUCAGGUCCCGUUUGGUUCCCAUAUAGUCCAAUACAAUACUUUCCCGCGAAUUACGUCUCAAAAAUCGAAUCAAUCCCGCUAUUUACGUCACGUAACAACCAUAAACAACCAGAAAAUACCGUGGAGCUAGUAGGCAAUGAACAUUUUAAAUAGCAAAAUAUACAUAUUUUAUAACAUGAAAAGUUGCUUUUAUUUCUAAACAUGUAAUAAUUUAAGCCUAGGCGUGUAAAAGUACGAGUAAUUAUAGCAGGAGACAAUCUAAAAUGCACGAGGGGAAAACGUAAACUCAUGAAUGUACAAACAUGGCUGCUUGUAAGUUCUGAUACUGUAUUUAUGUCACAACUUAGCCGAAAUACUGGUACGAGACAUAAACUUCACAAGAUAAAAUGAGCGGUGUCUUGGUAACUGUUUUAUACGUCUUUUAUAAUUUGGGAAGUAUUGUACAGUUGACGCCAUAUUUUUUAAACUAACCAUUUAUUUCUGGGGAUCGUAAAUAAUUAAUUAUUGGUAUCAAGACAUCAUGAUAAACGUAAACUUGAACAUGUCACGGCAGCGAGAAAACUGGUGCGUAUACCAAUAAACUGGUAUUAGAACUGGACAAAAUUGGUACACGGGAGGUGGAGCUUAUAUUUUUUUCCGCUAAGCUCGCAUCUAUUGGUUGGCGGCUGAUGGCGUCAUGAGUCUGGGCGGAGCAUAGAGUGCGCAUGCACCGCCGCGUCGUUACAGCAGCUGACCGAGUACAAUGACCUUUCUCCGCGUUUGGCGCGCUAUUGACGGUAAAUAUUCAUCAAUUUGCGGCCUUUUCUUAAAAAAUUUUUUACUGUGAGCAAUGUGUAUGUAGCCCGUAUUUGUUAUAAACCCUGCCGGUUGCAACUGUAUUUAUAAUUUGGAGAGGCAAAUAAUCUCCUUGAACAGCCAAAAAAGCAAGCAGAAGAAAAUUUCAAAUUUAUUUUUUAGGAAGUAAUCAGAAAAACAUUUUGGCUUUCAUUCUUUUUUUAUUUUUGUCAAAUGUGGUAAAUUAAUAAUUGAUUAAAUACUAAAGUAAAAUUUGUUGUUAGUGUGUUUGUACCUGCAUUGUAGUAUGUGCUAUUAAACAAAAGGAAAAAAAUUCUAAAUAAGGUAAACUGUACUCCUUUUUAUACUUUUCCCUUUAUUUACACUUUCCCGCUUUUUACACUUUUUUACUUUGUCCCCAUGAAAAGUGCAAAUAAGGGGUUUUGCUGUAUAUAUGCGAGAGUAUUCUCUGAAGUUGUUUUGGUGAGGUAAUGAAGUCCUGGUGUAGUGUUCAUAGUUGACUAUGAUUUAUUGUAUUUUACACACACUAUUUUGUGAUUGUUCUCAUUAUUCUGUAUUAUAUUACCUGUGAAAGGAAUAAAUUUUUAUUUUUUAUUUCCGAAUGUGAA